AUGACGAAAUUUGGAAAUCAAAAACGUUGUUUUAAUGCUUCUUACUUUAACGAACACGAUUGGUUAGAAUACAGUAUACAAAAUGAUGCUUUGUAUUGCUUUCCGUGUUGCAAUUUUGGUGCCAACGAUAAUGAAGGAACAUUUUCAAAAACUGGCUUUAGAAAUUGGAAAAAAAUUUUUGGGUCUAGAGGCAUUACAAGAAAAAAACAGACUAAGCUUAAAGCUCAUGCUAGUACAAAAAGUCAUCUUACUUGUGUUGCUAAAUGGUGUCCUAAGAAUACUGAGACAAUUGGUAGUGUGCAUACACAAUUAUCAACACAUCAUAAAUUAGAGGUUGAAGCUAAUAAAAAUUAUAUAAAAACAUUAAUUGAUAUCACAUUAUAUUUAAGUUGCCAGGGACUACCAUUUAGAGGCCAUGACGAGUCUACUGAUUCACUUAAUAAAGGGAAUUUCAAGGAAGCAUGUCAAUUAAUGUCCAAAUAUGUACCUGAGUUUUCUGUACAAUUUCUGAAAACUACAAAUUACACUAGUCCUUUAGUUCAAAUAGCAUUAUUGAAAUGUGCGCAAAAAAUAUGCUAUAAAGAAGAGAAAAUGGCCUUAUGUAUACGCUAUUGUAAAGGGCUAGACAUUGUUGAAAAGUUCAUUGGUUUCAUUAACUGCUCUGAAAGUCAAAAUGCUCGGUCUCUUUGUGAAUAUAUACUCAAAUACUUGAAGGAAUGUGGAUUAAACCCGAAUGCUAAAAAGUCUUACAAUGGAGCUAGUGUUAUGUCUGGGAGAUUUAAUGGUGUACAAGCUUUAAUAAAAUGUAAAUUUCCAUAUGCUAUUUAUACACAUUAUAUGGCUCAUAGAGUCAACCUUGUAGUGCUUGAUAUGUGUAAAACUGAAAAGGUAGGUAUAUUUAUCAUAUUGUUUGCUUUAAAGGAAUCAAGUAAUGUUAUUCAUACAUUAGAGUCACUAUAUGUUCACUUUUCUCAACCAGCAAGAAAUAAAAAUCUCAUUGACAUUCAAAAAAAUUUAGUUAUUGAAAAAAAGACUUUAACAAGACUGAGUGACACAAGAUGGAACUGUCGAUAUAAAAAUUGUGAAGCUGUACAAAAAUGUUAUGCUUCUAUCAUAACAUUAUUAAAAGAAGAAAUUGAAAACAAUAAUGAUAAAGAUGUUAACGAAGCAAUAGGAAUUCUCACCAAUAUGCAAAAAGGAAUAUUUGUGGUUAAUUUAUUUAUUCUUCAAAAGGUGCUUACUAUGAUUAAUAUAUUAUCAAAUCAACUUCAGUCAAAGACAGCUACACUAGGAAAUGCGGAAAAUGUAAUAAAAAGUGUUAUUAAAUCGUUCGAAGAUUUAAGAAAUCCUGUUGCCUUUUCACAAAUGUGGAAAGAAAUAUUACAAUUUUGUUAUAAAAGAAAAAGGUUACAGCCAAAAAGCCUAUCAAGUUUUGUUAUGAGUGCUCAAUACAACACUCCUGAGGAAUUAGAGGAAAGUAAAGAAGAUUAUUUCAGAUGUCAUGCUUAUUUUCCUAUUGGAUUGUAUAAUUGA